UGGCCAAGGCUUUACCCAGAGGCAGCGAUGCAACCCAGCCGCACUCCGCCGGCCGUCGGCGUCACCGCGGAAAGCUGCAUCCCGGCUGGCCUGCGCCUGGGUCCGGUGGCCGGCACCUUCAAACUGGGCAAGUACCUGUCCGAUCGCAGGGAGCCGGGACCCAAGAAAAAGGUCCGGAUGGUGCGAGGGGAACUGUUGGACGAAGCUGGGAGCUCUGCUGGGGAGUGGAUAGGGUUAAUCCGGGCUGCCAGGCACGCACAAGAACAGACCUUGGAAGCUCUUGCAGACCUGCCGGGCGGACAGAUUUUCUACCGGACGCUACGAGAUGUGCAGCCAGGGGAGGAGCUGACGGUGUGGUAUUCGAACUCUUUGGCUCAGUGGUUUGACAUCCCAACGACGGCGACUCCAACACACGACGAGAAAGGCGAGGAGCGCUACAUCUGCUGGUACUGCUGGCGGACCUUCAAGCACCCCAACACGCUGAAGGGCCACGUCCACUUCCACUGCGUGCUCAACCACGGCCGCUGCUUCCUGGGUGCGGAGCACGUCCGGGCGCCCGAGCUGUUCAGCGCCUCCCCCAAGCCCUCUUCGACGCCGGCCGCUUUCCGGCCUCACUGCUCCGGCGGGGCCCGAGACAGCAUCAAGCGAGAGUCGUCCAGCUCGCCGCCGCUGGCCCGACGCAGGGCGGCCAAAGAGGAGCAGGAGCGCGCCCUGGACAUGAGUGUGACGGCCGGGCGGGGCCCGGGCCCCUUCCUGGGGCUGCUGGGCAGCGGCUCCGCGGGCGGCAAUGGCCUGGCUUUCUACCCCGGGGUGAGGUCGGCCUUCAAGCCCGCCGGCCUGGCCAAAGGCGGCGCGGGCGAGGCUGCAUCCUUCCGGGAGGAGGGCAAGGGCGGCGGCUUCAGCAAGCUCCUGAGCGGCCUCAAGCCCGGCCGUUCGGCCAGCGAAGCGCAGCUGGGGGCAGCCAGCAGCAGCAGCCCCCCGCCCCACCACCAGCCGCACCACCACCACCACCAGCAGCCGCCCAAAUGCGCCGGCCACGCGGCCGCCGCGCCCCCCGUCGGACUGGCCUACUCGGGGGCUGUGCGGGGCUUGCCGCUGCUCUCGCACUUCGAGGAGACCUCGGCCUUCAAGCACGUGGAGCGCGGCCUGCACGCCAGCCUCUCGCCUCCGGCCAGCAGCCGCUACCCCCCGCUGUCCAGCGGAGCCGGCCUGCCCCUGGAGCGCUUCGCCCUGCCGCCCUUCGACGGCCUCAAGCCCUACGCCGCCGCCGCAGCCGCCGCAGCCUCGGGGGAGUGCCCCCUGCCGCCCUUCCUGCCCUUCACGCUCUACAACGGCGAGCUGCUCUACAGCGCCCCCUACUACCCGCUCAAGCUCCACUUCGGCGGCCUCCUCAAGUACCCGGACUCCGUCUCCUAUUUCAACGGCGCCGCAGCCGCCGCUGCAGCCGCCGCAGCCGCUGGCCUCAACCCGGCCGAGCUGGGCUCCCUGGCCAGCAUCGACCGCGAGAUCGCCAUGCACACGCAGCAGCUGUCCGAGCUGGCGGCCGAGAAGAGCCGCGGCGGUCGCCUGGAGAGCCUGCCGCCGCCGCCGACCGGCCCGGCCAACGGGAAGCCCAAAACGGGCCACCUGUGCCUCUACUGCGGCAAGCUGUACUCGCGCAAGUACGGCCUCAAGAUCCACAUGCGGACGCACACCGGAUACAAGCCGCUGAAGUGCAAGGUCUGCCUGCGGCCCUUCGGCGACCCCAGCAACCUCAACAAGCACAUACGCCUGCACGCCGAGGGCAACACCCCCUACCGCUGCGAGUUCUGCGGCAAAGUCCUCGUCCGGCGCCGCGACCUCGAGCGCCACGUCAAGUCCCGCCACCCGGGGCAGAGCCUCCCCAAGGGCGCCGCCGCCGCCGGCGACGACGACAGCCCGGACCCCGCAGCCUCCUACGCGCCCCAGGAGCCAAAGACUGACAACGAGAGCGACGUCGACGUCUGCUUCACCGACGAGCAGAGCGACCAGGACACCGGCGGCGGGGGCGGCGGCAGGGCCAAGGAGCAGCAGUGA